UCUAUACCGAGAGUAUUUGAGGAAUGUCAACGCAAGACAUGUCAACGAACGCAGCUGUUUUCAAUCCAACGUUUGUGUAAACACAAGACUUGUUUCCGCUGGGUUCUCCGCUGCGCUCUGGGCUGAGCGAGCAUGCACACUGUCACUGUGUCCACCCAACGAACAAGUCAAUGGCCCAUUUUUCCAAUGUAAAUGUGAAGCGACUCUCAUUGGCUUCCGAAUCCACCAUGUUGACCCAAAAUACAUGUACCUGAUAGAGAGAUCGGUGACACAACGCCAGCCGAUAUCCUGCGGACAUGUGGCGAUCAGGUGCCAUUACAUCUGCAUUGCGAGGCUCUUGACACAAGAAGGCUGGGAGUUGGAAAACGCGGCUUGGGAUCCUUUGGUCGAUUGCGAUAGAGACUCCCCAGGAACAGCAGAGCGAGAGAGACUCUGUCACCACAAAAAACCAGGUCCCAAGAGCAAGUCGAGUCAGUCGAAGCAAUGUACCGCUACUCUCCAGAGGGAGCUAAUCUUACAAGUGCCUCUUACACAAUCGAUCUUUACCAUUGAUCUCAACAAAGAGCCCGCUGAAGAUCCAGUUGCACCUCUCACUGCAGCUGGCUCAUCUCAACAGCCAAAUCUCAACCUGGAGUGCACACAGACAUUUUUAAGUUUCGGUCUCGAGCAGAAUGAGGUGUGCCUUGACCCCAAAGACCCCCAACCCGGAUAUUGCCCUCCUGGCCCCUAGCUCCUGCUCUGUUGUGUUAUAAAAGCAGAGUCUUGGACCCUACACAUGGCAUUGCUCUCUAGAUGUUCUGGCUGCUCAAGACUCCAUUCUCUGCUCUUCUUCCUCUCGUCUCUCUUCUCUCAUCAACGCUUGUCACAAUAUCUCUACUUGUGCUCUUACCCUUCUUGCUCCCCAACAAUAUCAUCCUCAUAUCUCUUCUGGCGCUCUUGCCCGUUAACGCCCGCCUCGUUGUCUCCUACGUCUCUUCUUUAUGUCGCAGACCUGACAUCUCCAAGUCAGCUCCUGUACUCUCGUUCCCUCUUCACUGUCAGAUUUCUCGCUCGAGCCUGAAAAUAUCAAGAGACAGCCUUGUGACAUCGCUGCUCAAUCACUUGUUCUUUGUGACCACGGUUGUUUGCAAAGUACCUGCAGCACUGUAAGGCCGCAGGUG